AUUGUCGUUUUGAGAUACCUGGGAGCGAUGUCAACAUACAUCUGCACCGAGUUCCUAAGCCUGAACUUAAAGGACCUGCCGUCGAUGUCCACCACCAUCAACCUGAACGUAGCCCAAUUUACACAGCGCGACCUGAAUCUGUUCAUCGACAGUCUGGAGUCCAUAUCACGUCUACAGAAUAAGCGGCACGAGCUUUGUCAGCUGCGACAGGCGCAAAAACUUCAUCAGAUUCGAAUGACAGACCUGGACGACGAGCGCUGCUCCAGUCCUACAUUCAGUGCCGACGAGGCCUUUGAUGAGCCGCUUUUAUACCUAGAGGACAAAAGCAUUUCUUAUGCGGUUUCUGAUGCCUUAAAUGUCGAAAGCUUCAAUAUCCCUGGGCUGCCCGAGAACUACACCUGCGGCGACGAAGCCUAUGACAGUAGCUCCUAUUCACCACGCAGCAGCGUCACUUAUUAUAGCUGCGACGGCGUCUCCUGCCCGGAUUCACUUUCCGCUGAAUCGGGAGUCCACUUUUCCGUUUCGGCCCCACCCGUGCGUCCCCGCUCACAGGUGAUAACGCGGCCCAAGCAUCGCUCCACUCGAUACCGCAUUAUCAGUAUGGUGUUGAAGAGGGAGUACGUCAAGACCCCUAACUCUGAGCACGCAAAACAAAACGAGGAAGGCCAGAAGGAUAAUUCGAAGGAAAAGAGUUUUCUGGACAAAGCCCUGCGGUACCUUACCUUAUAG